UCCUCGCAUGGUUUUGUUUUGAAAAUGUGCCUCGCUAUUUUACACUCAGUGUAACAACUGUGUUUCAUAAAUUUAAGCUAUUGACUCAUUUCAGAAUCAAGAACUAGUUGUAGCACAUCUUGAAUGAGAUUAAACUGUUGUAAGAAUCUUUUUGGAUACCCAUCUGAUUUAUUUAUAAGACUUUUUCCAUAUAUCUAUUCUGGAAUGUUUAGAAUUGCUUGUAAAAUACGUGAUGGAGCGGAUGCAUACGCACAAAAAUGUUGCAUUCCUUCCUCCAUAUUAAAAGACACUUCUAUAAAAGCAUUUGAUGUUGUUAUCGUGAACUGUGGAAUUUAUAAUUACAUUUGUCGAGUUUUCCCACUUCCUGUUACAGACCUAGAAAAUUGUAUUACUGUUGAAAGCAUAGUAUCAUUCAGCUCCUCAAGUGAAGCAAAACCCUGGAGGGCGAGAACCAGAACUUUGUUAUUCCCUGACGAUAUUAGCGUUAUCAAAACAACAUCUUUUGAAAAGUUGCAAGUUAAAUUAGUUUUCGAAGAUGAGGCACAGAAGCUCGUAGCUAAUAUUGAAUCUUACCAAAAAAUUAUUUUGACUUUAUUACAACACCUUAUUAUUAAAAAGAAUUCGAUAAUUGAUUGUAGAAGUCAAAUCUUUGCAGACCUUUACCAUAUUCACAGCAUUAUCAUAUCUGAAACUUUUCAUGAUGCAGAAGAUUGUGGCCGAAUUACUAAAUCAUCAUCAAUUGAAAUUAUUGAAUCGGAUACACUGGAACAACUAAAUUUGCUUAAAGAUUUUGUAAAUAUGGAACUUGGUGGUAUGAAUACUGCAGCUUCACUUUUGGAUAUAUAUUUAAUUCAGAAUAAAUAUAAAAGUGUUAUUGUUUUAGGACCCUCUGGAUCGGGAAAAAGUACCUUAAUUAAAUCAUUCUGUAAAAAGAAAAAAUCGUUUUUAGUAUUGAUUGAUGGUAUGAAAGACUGUAAUCUUACAUUUGAUAAAUGUAAUGAAUAUGUGAAACAGCUAUCCCAGUCAUCAUUUUCAUUUCCUGGUCAUCCUACUAUUCUGUUUAUUGAUCAUAUUGAUGAGUUAGCAUCAUCCAAUACAAAGAAAAGAAAACAGCUUAUUAAUUUAGUUUAUUUACUUAAACAUUUAGAGAAAACUAAUAUUUUAGUUGUUGCUGCUGCAGUGCAAAAAGAGUUAAUACAUCCUUCUAUUGCAAAUUUCUUUAAAAGACAAGUUUUAUUAGGAAUACCAACUUUUGAUCAACGAAAAGAAAUCUUAACUGUCUUGACAAAAUCAACUGCCUCUGAUAAACUGCAAUUUGACAAAAUAGCAGGACUGACUCCUGGUUUUGUUGCAAGUGAUCUUGUACAGUUGACCCAAGAGGCACUUAAAAUUAAGACAGAUGGUUUUAACAUCCAAAGAGAUGAUAAUAAAUGUUCAACUAAUCCUAUUUUAACAACUGAAGAUUUUGAGAAAGCGCUUCUUUCUGUAUCACCUUCUGUAUUGAAAACAUCUGAAUGGAGUAUGAAAGUCAAGCCUGUCUAUUGGAAAGAUAUUGGUGGAAUGUUUAAAAUCAAAGAACGAUUGCAGUUGAGCAUUGAAAUGCCUUUACGCCAUCCAGAGUUAUUUAAGAAAGUUGAUCUUCACUGUCCAAGGGGUGUGCUCUUAUUUGGCCCACCUGGAUGUUGCAAAACAACUCUAGCUAGAGGACUAGCCACUGAGUGCAAUGCUAAUUUUUUUGCUGCAAAUCCAUCCCAGAUAUACUCAUCAUAUGUUGGAGAAUCUGAAAAAAAUAUCACACAGCUCUUUUAUCAAGCAAGACUGAGUUCUCCAAGCAUUAUUUUCUUAGAUGAGCUGGAUAGCUUGGUCGGUUUUCGUGAUUUUGGAUCUAAACAACAAGGAGUGGCAGAAAAAGUCUUAUCUACAUUAUUGAAUGAAAUGGAUGGACUAGGUGCUAAAACACACUUUGGUGUGAAUCUUAAUCCAGAAACUUUUCAAAAUAGUGAUUCUGAUGAAGAAAAUGAUAUGUCAAGUAAGAAGCAGUCAUAUGAUGAAGUGAUAGUUGUUGCUGCAACAAAUAGACCAGAUUGUAUUGAUGAUGCUUUACUACGACCUGGCCGUUUUGACAUUAUUUUGUAUGUUCCUGCACCAAAUUGUGAAGAGAGACAAUCAAUAUUAGAGACACUGACAAAUGGUAUGCCUUUGAAAGAAAUUAAUUUGAAAAAUUUAGCAGAUAAAACUGAACAUUACACUGGAGCAGAUUUAAAACAUCUAUGCAAUAUGGCAGCUAUGAACGCUCUGAGAGAAAAUAUACAGAAUGCAGAAUAUAUAACAGAAGAACAUUUUUUGAAAGCUUUAGAACAUAUCAAACCAUCUGUAUCAAAAGAGCAAAUACAAAUGUAUGAACAAUUAGCUAUAAAAUAUGGUCCCAUAAUUUCAGAAUAAAUUAUGAAAUUUAA